GACUCCGCCGUCAAACAGAUCCUGCUCUCUCUCAACGAGAAGGAGGGCAACAGCUUCAUCAUCGAGGACCUGGACGACCACCACCUCGUCAUCAAGGCCGACGAGGAGUACCGGGUGCGUAGGGAGCUCGAGGCCGAGCUGGAGAAGAAUACGUACAGCUUGGAGGGGUGA